AUGACAUAAUAGCCUUAAAAAUAAUAGCCGAUCCCUAUUAAGCUUUUGUAAGUAGAAAAUUACCUAAAAGCAAGUGGUAAAUUUUAUACUAACAAAUCUUCUGAUAAAGAAUAUAUUUUUAAAGAGCUUUAAGCCAGCAACAAUAAAAAUGAAAGCCCUUUUAUCACUGAUUAACAGUAAAUCAAAGUUUUAAAAAAAAAUAAUAAUAGCUACACUGGCUUAAGCAGGCUAAGUAACGAAGAGCCUUCAUUUAAAUUAAAGACGGGAAUCGAUUAUGAAUAAAAUUACUAUUGCUUUCCAAAAUUAAGUAGAACUUUUUCGAAGCAUAAUUUAAAAACUGUAGAUUGUUCAGCCUCAAUCUAACAAAAAAAGUUAAAUUUGCCUUAAAUUAAUGAUAUUAAUUCAGAAUAAUUGAGGCCUUUUAUGAAAAGCGGCAUGAAAGAAUCUAAAUUAGAAAUGGCAAAAUAAAAAUAACUAUCUCAUGAUUUUUCUUUACCCUUCAAAGUAACAAUAAAUGAAAAUCUAUCUUUAGAGAAGAAUUACUUAAAUAAGAAUGAAGAUUUAACUGUUAAUACUUCAUAUAGCUUUGCCAAUAAUAACUAGAAAUCUAAAUCUUCUGCUUCAUUAGUUAUUCCUGCCAAAUUGUCAUAAUAAGAAUCUCCAAAUAACUUUUCUUAUUUAGCUGAUACUUAAGAAAGCAGCUGCAAUUCAUAAACAUAGAAACAAAUUAGAUUUAAAUAUGAUCUUGAAACAGCUGAAGAUGUACUUAUUGAAGAUACAUUACUCAGUGAAAGUAGCAAAUUUCAAUCAGAUUAUCCAAAAAAAAGCUAUGAUGAUUAAGUAUAUGAAAAGCUAUUUGAAUACAAAUAAAAUAAGCAUCAAGAUUGUAUAAGUAGAAGUAAUAGUAACAGUAACAGUAACAGCAGAGAUGAAAUUAAAUAAAAUUAAACUUUUCUACAAAAAUAAGUAAAUAAAUAGAAGAGCUAUAGCCUAAAUAUUCAAGCAGAAAAAACAACUAAUAAAUUUUCUCGCAAAAGCAUGGAUUAAAGAUAUAAUUAGCAAGAUUUAUAUCAUUACUUAAAUUAUUUAAACUAAUAAAAUAGCUUAAGGAUAGCUUAAGCUAAUUUAGAUAAUGGAUUUGGUCAGAAGAAGAUGGAAAAAAAUAUCGAAGAGCAUCUUGAUUUUAUUGAAAACAUCCUUGAUAGAGAUAAAGAAUAAUCUAAAACUUCUUAAAAACUUAAGAAAGUAGCAUAAUAAAUCCUUUAAGCCCAAUAAUUUAAAAAUUAAAUAGGUCUAAUGGCUAGCUUAAAAAAGAACAGAGGGACUAACUAGAACCGUUUAUAAUUCAAAAAAGAUUUAGAAAAGUUCAAUAGCAUGCUUUCUCCUGACCAUUCUAUUUUUAUUAAAGAGUUCUUUUACACGUUACAAGAAUUCGUGCAAUUAAUUUCUUCAAAUAAAAGAGCAAGUCUUAUGAUAUAGUAAAUAAGAGGGUUCAGUCCUAUCAUAAAAUAAAUUAUAUUUAUUGAAAACGAAAUUAGAAAAGAUAUGACUCUAGAGCUCUUUGAAAAACAAAUUAUCAGCGUAAUGCAAUUUGUAUAGCUGAAAAAAGAAAUAUAAGAAAAUAAAUAAAAAAUUAAGAAUCAAUAGAGAAGAAAAGGUCUUUGGUUCGAGUUAAGUGAUGAAUCUGUUAAAUUGUUAUAGUUUUUCUAUAAAAAUCUAAGAGAAUUUGUAGAUUAAAAGAAUUUUGACAAUAAAAUUUGUAUGUAAUCAGAGUUUUACUAAGACUUGGAGCAAAUUGAAAAAAUAAUUUACAAAUACAUGAUUAACACUAAUAUUGACAAGAAUAAAUACAAAAACUAAUGCUUUAAGGACUUGAAAAUUGCAUACAAGGAAGAAAUACCUUAUUUUGUUAAAAAUAAUAUCCCCCUCGAGAACUUGAGAUAUUGGGAAAGGCACUUGGGAAAAUUUGAAAUGGUGAGUGAUUAUGUUAGAGAAAAGGAUUAAUAAAUUACAAAUAUGUGUAAAAUCUACUAAAACUUAUGA